AUGUCUACGGUUACCUUUGACAGUCCAGAAGCCGCGUUCCAUUCGGAUUCAAUAUCACAGAUACUUGGUGGGCAGCGAAAAAAGAUGUUCAUGCUUCACUACGAGUUUCCCAGUUAUGCGACCAAUGAAAUUGUGACUUCUAGAGGAUAUAGUAGGAGAGAAUUAGGGCACGGAGCUCUCGCUGAGAAGGCGCUGAAACAUGUGAUGCCCAAUGAGUUCCCGUACAGUAUACGUCUCGCUUGUCAGGCAAGUUUCUUUGAGAAGCUCAAAAGCAUCUCCUGC